UUGUGUACCAUUCCCGGAGUUUGAAAAUAAUUCCCACGCAUUCCCCCCACGCCCGUUUGUUGAACUGCCCUCUGUCGAUUGGUCGACGCGCUCGUAGAGAACAAUGGGACGCGUUGCAGAUGCCACUACUUCAGAUAGCGAGACAGAACGUCAUCGCGUUGGCUCUGCGACGAAAAAGUAUUCUGCAAAGAAGGCACGGCGAAUGUCAACCGACGCUGGAGAGUCUUCAGAGGUUGAACAGGAGGUCAAGCCUGUGGGACCUUCAGGGGAGGGCGCAGAGGACGGCGCAGAGGAUGGCGCAGAGGAAGAGGAGGGGGAGGAGGAGUAUGAAAUCGAGGCCAUUUUAGAUGCCAAAAAGGGACAGUUCCCGGGUGGCAGAAUGGGAUACUUCGUCAAGUGGAAGAACUAUGGUGAGGAGCAUAAUAGCUGGGUGGACGAAGACGAUGCAGGGAAUGCGCUGGAACUCAUCCAGGACUUCUGGGCCAAGCGGAGGAGGAACAAGCCCGGUCCACGUAAAUCAGAGCCCAUCAAGUCCAGACCCAGGAAUGUUGCGGCGAAGCCUUCGAGGAAAUCGCUCGUACAGGAUUCUUCUCCUGAGGCCGAGGCAGCUUCCAAAAAGCGUGGUAGACCAAAGAAAGCGGAACCAGAAUCAGAGCCCGAGGUGAUAGCCGAUGAUGAGGAACCACGAGCAAAGAAGAAGGCUCGGAAGAGCGAGGGAACUUCUCGUAAGGCAGCAGAAAAACCUGAAUCGGUUGAAGAGGAGCCAAUUGGAAACAUGAAAAAGCACAUGCAAGUUUCAUCCUGGGAGCACCUCAUAGAGAGCGUGGAUACUGUCGAGCGCAAUUCCGAUGGCGAUUUAUUUGUAUACUUUACACUGAGGAAUGACAUGGGCAGAAAGCGAGAAAAUUCACGCGUUUGUGCUGAGAAAUUCCCUCAGAAGCUUAUAAAAUUCUACGAGUCCAAUCUACGGUGGAAAAUCGAAGAUGGCGAGGGCGAUGAAUGAAAAUAGACAUUCGUCUUUUUUUACCAUCGGUUAGCGACUUACAAUAAUCCCAACGUCCCUCUCUGGGUGCUUGAUAUGUUAUAUCUGAUUGGUUGUUUACUUACCGCCUGGAGCCUCCGUAUGUUACGUGUCGAUAGUUCCGUACACGAUGUCCUCCGUGGCCUUCAUGCAUAGUACCCUUCGAAGCAGAGAAUAUUCCAAAUCCCG